AUUAUGGAUCAGAUAGAGGACUAGCGGCUUUAAUCUGGUUGCCUUCAAUGGAUUUAUUUCAUGGUUAUUCUCGGAGAUCUUCAUCGGGAACAGACCCCCAUCCCUGAGGGACUCCGCCGCAGCCCUGCGCUCCUCUCCGGCCUCCUCUCCACCUUCGUCAGCGGACGCACCAAGAUGCUGUUUACAAUUAAGCGCUAAAACAAUUGACGCCGCAUUUGUCGAACCACAAAAAUAAAAGGGUGUUUCCUGAACCAGCCUGUCAACCAGAGGAGCGUAGAUGUGAUUCCUUACCACUACGGGCGACAUUAGAGAAAAUACAGCCAAAUGAUGUCAGGAAAGCAUUUCAAGGCUCACGAAGUCAGCUGCUGCAUCAAGUAUUUCAUAUUUGGAUUCAAUAUCAUUUUCUGGUUGCUUGGAGUGGCAUUCCUUGGCAUUGGGUUGUGGGCAUGGAGCGAGAAGGGCGUUCUGUCCAACAUCUCAUCCAUCACCGACCUGGGCGGCUUCGACCCCGUGUGGCUCUUCUUGGUGGUGGGCGGCGUGAUGUUCAUACUGGGUUUCGCCGGUUGCAUCGGAGCACUGCGAGAAAACUCCUUCUUGCUUAAGUUUUUCUCUGUAUUCCUGGGCAUCAUCUUCUUCCUGGAGCUGACUGCAGGAGUCCUGGCCUUCGUCUUCAAGGACUGGAUCAAGGACCAGCUCAACUUCUUCAUUAACAACAACAUUCGGGCUUACCGAGACGACAUUGAUCUGCAGAACCUCAUAGACUUCACACAGGAAUAUUGGGAGUGUUGUGGAGCCUUCGGCGCUGACGACUGGAACUUGAACAUCUACUUCAACUGCACAGACUCCAAUCCAAGCCGAGAGAAAUGCGGUGUGCCUUUUUCCUGCUGCACCAAAGAUCCAGCAGAGGAUGUCAUUAACACUCAGUGUGGAUACGACAUUCGAGCGAAAACGGACUCUGAGCAGAGGACUUUCAUCUAUAUCAAAGGCUGUGUCCCUCAGUUUGAGAAGUGGCUCCAGGACAACCUGACUGUGGUGGCAGGCAUCUUUAUUGGGAUUGCUUUACUACAGAUUUUUGGGAUCUGUUUAGCACAGAAUCUCGUGAGUGACAUUGAAGCAGUGAGAGAGAGUUGUUUGUUUACCUAAGACCUCCUACGGCAUCUCAGAAAGCAAGAAGGAUGUACCAGGUCUCUCCAGUUUGGACGCCAAAAUUGAAGGAGGAUAAAUUCAUCAUCUGAUGUGUCCAGAAUGAAGAGGCUCACUCCUGUGUACAUAGUAAUUUUGUAAUAGUUAUUUGUGGUUCCUUUUUUGAACGAGGUACAACCUCAGAGACGUCUCUUAGCUUGUCAGUGUUGGGCAACUCCUUUGCAGUCUGAUCAGCGAUGAUAGUAGAGCUACAGUAUCUCUACAGCUACAGUGACUUCUGCAGACGAGCCUGUAAAGGAUGAUUAGCAAGCUGAGCAGGAAGUUUUAACUUGCAGACAGGAACUGCGUGAGCAGGCUUCAUGUCGUCUCUGAGGCGGUGCUUUGUUCAGAAUAGGCCCCCGGGUUUUCUAUGUCUCACAUGCAGUUUUUAAUACCGCAUGUAAGGAUUGUGUACAAAGGUUAAGUGAUUCUGAAAAUGCACUGCAUGCCUAUUGUCUGUUGGUAGGACAUUGGCUCUCUAACUGUAUUUCAUUAAUGUUAAGUAUUUUAAAGUAUUUGUAAGAUAGACACUAGUAUAGAGUGAGGUGGCUGGGUAGCACUUUGUGGAAUGUUUAAUGGAAACUACUUACAAGUUACAGAGAAUUGGGAUUGGACUUCUUUUUAUUUCUGGGCUCUCGCUCAUGUCAUAUAAGUGGCAGUCUCAGAGAGAGGUUCCCAUCCUGUAUUCGUAACAUGUAAGCACUGUUUUGUGUGGCUGAGGCCAGCACACUAAGAUCAAGUAUUAUAAAGGGAUAUAAUAGACAUGGUAGGAAAUGCUUUGUAAACAUGCAGUUUGUAAGAGUUUAUUUCAAAAUGUCAUAAAUUGACAUGGAACAAUAGCGGGACCUCAUCCUACAGCACUGAUUUGUGUGCCACUACAGCUCUCCAAGUCAGACACCAACAGUAUGCAGCCAUAAGCACCUUAGUCUCUGUACCUGAGGGAUGUAGCUAACUACAGUCACGCAAAUUUUGUAGCGGGGGUUUUUAGCUGGAAGAUAUUUAGGAGAUUUCUGGCAUCGAUGCCCAUCAUAACACAGUCGAGCAAAUGUCCGGUGAAGCGGGCACUUUCCUGAAAACUUACAAACUGCAUCUGUAACCUGUCGACAUAGGCUUAAAAAAAUUUUUCUGUUCGAUUUUGAGCUUGUCCGAAAGCACUUAGGCGAGCAAUGUGUGUUUUUGCACAUUCUAAGUGGUGUGCCGCUCCUUGCACAUUAUUUCAUUUCAUCUUACUGUCAUUGUGUUGAUUCAUUUUCCUUUGAUGUCCUAUCAAUACCAGUGUGUGUUUCUUUGAUGGAAUUUGCUUUCAUGAUGGUAUAACUUUGUUGUUUGUGUUUGCUGUUUCCAUUUUGAUCUGCAUGAUUUUGCAGGAGAAUGAUCAUACAAGCUAUUUUUUUUCUCUUACGCCCAUUAUGACAUGCUGUUAAUUGGUGGCGCUUGCCUGGACAUACCUUUCAGUUUAUACUUGAAAGUAGAGCAGAAAUGCUCUCUCACCAGCGUUACUUUAAUGCAAACUGAUUUCUCAUAUAGUCACAGACAUCAGAUCACCGAAAACAUUGCCUGGAACGUGCUAAAUUUCCACAGAACACAAUCAGGGCACUUUUGCAUUGGGAAAGAGUUGCUCGCAGUGUGAACUCAUAGCAGGGCACCCAGGCCUUUUCCUUUGCAGUGUAAUGUUCUGCAGCCUUGAAAACCUGAACACCCUCACACAAACAAUACUCAACAGUGCUUUUGUACAAGGUGGACUCCCACAACCUAAGAAAUCUUUUCACCACAAAACUUACCACUAGAGCAGCAAUGUCCCAUCUGUUGUCAAAUGUUCCUUUUCCAUUGAAAGCUUCAUAUGACUUUGGUAUUUACAGAUCAUAUUUUUCCUUACCACACAGUGCCAUACUUGUGAUAGUCCCAUAAUCCUGAUUAUAACUUUACUUUUGUUCAAUGUGUAUUCCUAAUUUGUGUAAAUAACUGGAUAGUGAAAAUUUGUAAAUAUAUAUCUUAAUAAAUGUGGUUCUUUCUUAUACAACUGAGGAA